CAUUGUAACAACUAUCCGUGCUUUAUUGACUCCACAUCCAAUGAAGGAGCUUCGAGUGAAGGGAUCUUAUCAACAUCACAAGGAGUUAAAGGCAGCACAGGGAAUCAAGAUAACCGCUCAGGGUCUUGAGCAUGCCAUAGCAGGAACUCAGUUAUAUGUUGUUGGACCUGAUGAUGAUUUAGAUGAUGUUAAGGAAGAAGCAAUGCAAGAUAUAAACAAUGUAAUGUCUCGGAUUGACAAGAGUGGGGAAGGAGUUUAUGUUCAAGCUUCAACUCUUGGAUCUUUGGAGGCUUUACUUGAGUUCUUGAAGACCCCAGCUGUGAGCAUCCCGGUUAGUGCAAUUGGUAUUGGGCCUGUGCAUAAAAAAGAUGUCAUGCGUGCGAGUGUAAUGCUUGAGAAAAAGAAGAAAGAGUACGCUGCAAUUUUGGCAUUUGAUGUCAAAAAUUCUCCUGAAGCUCGGGAGCUUGCAGAUGAAGUUGGUGUCAAAAUAUUUGCAGCGGACAUUAUUUAUCAUCUGUUUGACCAGUUUAAAGCAUGUAUGGACAAUCUUAAGGAGGAAAGGAAAAAGGAGGCUGCAGAAGAUGCUGCUUUCCCCUGUGUCCUGGGCAUUUUGCCAAAUUGUAUUUUUAACAAGAAGGAUCCUAUAAUUGUUGGUGUUGAUAUUCUUGAAGGCAUUGCAAGGAUUGGCACGCCAUUAUGUGUUCCCACAAAAGAUUUCAUAGAUAUUGGCAAAAUAGCUUCAAUUGAGAUCAAUCAUAAAGGAGUUGACAUGGCUAAGAAGGGUGAAAAAGUGGCCAUGAAGAUUGUUGGGAGCAAUGCUGAUGAAGCACAGAAAAUGUUUGGAAGGCAUUUUGAAAUGGAGGAUGAAUUUGUGAGUCAUCUCACUAGAAGAUCCAUAGAUAUAUUGAAAGAAAACUACAUGGAUGAUUUGUCCAAUGAUGAUUGGAAACUUGUGGUGAAAUUGAAAAAGCUGUUAAAAAUUCCUUAAGCCACUACUAAUGAUGCAUUGUGGGAUGGAACUUUGGAUUGGAGCAAAACUCUGAUGAAAAUGGGAAGAUGCACCCUGCAACAUUACAAACACCACAUUCAGGAUUACAAAUGGUGAACUUUGUUGAUGCCAGAACAGGAGCUUCUGCUUCCUAAGUUUCUGCAUCCUAAGCUUCUUCUAUAUGUUUUGCUAUAUGGUCUAUGUGCUAGCUAUCUGGCUACAAUAAGACAGUAAUGAAUUUCAGAUCCUCUCUAUGCAGGAGGGCAUUUGAAUUUCUCUGCUGUUUAGCUCGUUUUCUGAAAUUUAAUAGUCUGAAGGGGUGUGCAGUCUUGCCACGUGAGAAAUGGAAGAGAUUGAUCCCAAGAGUAUAGAUUUUGUGUAAUGAUCUGUUUUAUGAACUCUUCAUGUAAUGAGGAAAAUAUCAUGAAAAUGUUGUUUUAAAUAAAAUCAUGUUUUACCGCAAUUGUAUGAAACCAAAAAUAUUUCCACGUUGAUGAUGCCAUACCAUAUGGUCUCAGUAUUUUUUGUCA